AAUUUCUGUGGUACUCGUCCUUCGGAGUAUUCUUUGGUAGCUGCGUAGCUCCUCACGACGCCCACUAUUCUUUUCACAAGGUUAGCAACAUGGCGGCAUUAUGCAAGCAUUUUACGUAUGAGUUUAAUGUGAUUUCUCGUAAUAUAUUUGGAGCAGUAUGUGCAACAUCGCUUCAGCGUCAAGGUGUACGCUGUCUGUAUGCGGCCUCUGCAUUAGGUGUAGAUAAUUAUGUUAGAACUCGUGAGCGUGUGAAUUUGCAAUUUCAAAACAUUUCUGAAAAGUUCAGAGUUAAAAUGAAGGAGUUCACGGAAAAUCAAUCAUCAUCAGCCAUGAUUUUUACAGAAGAUCUUAAGAAUAUGUUACAUUUGGUAGACUCGAAGCCAGAAGAUUUGGAUUUAAUUUUGAAAAUGAUGCAGAAGUUUAAUCAACAGAACAAGAAUUUAAGAUUUGGAAAUUUUGUCUUUGGACCUGUUGUUAUGAGAAUGUAUCAUCACUUAAAUCAGCCUGAGGCAGCUUUCAAUGCUUUUAUGGAUCCUCAAUUAGAAGGUUUUUUUGACCAGUUGAUGAGUUACCAGAUUCUUUUAGAUCUUCUUUUACGAAGUAAUUUAUAUGACAAGGUUCUUGAAGUAUUUGAUGUAAUUAAGAAUAAGCAAAUUGAAGGUGCUAAGUACCCGAAAAAUGUAGUUGUAUUAGUGUUUGCAACGUUAUAUAAGAUGAAUUCAUCAGAAAGUUUGCAGAGGGCCACGCAACUGUGGUCAGACUUGCAGAAUGUUGGUCAUGUACCCAUGCGCAGAGCAGUGGCUUUUUCUGCAGCUUUGGCAAUUAACCAGAAUGCGCCGCACAUUGCACUCGAAAUGCUAUCUUCUGUUUCUCGUCCGAACUAUGUAACAAUACGCAAUUUGAAGAUUUCAGCUCUUGCUGACUUGGGGCGGCCUGAGGAUACAUUCCCAUUGCUUCGUUCUAUUCUCGAAGCUGAUAAUCCUCAAGUGAAAUUAACUGUUGCUAAAGAAUCUAUUGAUAAAGUGAAGAAUGCGCUUAAAAAAUCAGAAAAACAAGAUCUGCAAUUGGAGUUUGAUCAACUUGAGAAACGGCUUAAUGCUGGUGAACAUAUAAUCGAUCAGAGUCAAGAUGAAUGGUUAUACGUAGAAAUUUUACCCGAGUCCUCAAACUUCAAUAGAGAUCAAAGGUUUCUUGCUGCAAGCUUCAACAGACAAAGACCUGGAGGAAGGGAUCUAGGAUUUGGAGGAGGAAGAGAUGGUGAAACAAAACGCAGGCCACGCCCGGGUCUAGCCCAAAUGUAUUGAGACACUCUUUUAAUUUGUUAGUUCAGCAUUGUAGAUGACAGACUGAUGAGUAAUUUGAAGAGGAAUGCUCUUGUGUUGUCGUUCGUUGUGUGGUAGUGCUCAUGAUGGUGAGCUGAAGUUAUGAAUGAUUGUACAGUAAUUUGUCAGUCGUUAAAAUUUAAAAUAAAUUUUUUUUGUUAAAAAAAUUUGU